GUGUGUGUAUGUUGGGGGGACUACCUAUGUGCCCGGCUGGUUGUACUUAGUAAUUUUUUUCUAACCAGCUGAGAAGUCUUGACUCCUCAUGACCACCUUUUUUUUUUAAACUUUGUUUACUGUGCCCCCCCCCUCCCGUAGGGGAGACAGAGUGAUGAUUUGGAAAGCUACUCUGCUUCCCUAAAGAAGCCCCCCAAGAAGCCGGUUUUUUUUUUCGGGUGGGGGGCUUUUAAGUGGAGGAGGGCUGGAACAGGCUAGACUCUUCUAGGGCUCUGGGUCUCCAGGGUGGGGAGACCCUGGCGUUGGUGAGGUCCUGCAUGGUGGAUGGUUUGUAGCCUUCUUUCUCCCUUUCUGUGCAGACAGCCGUGAGCAGAGAAGAGGGGCUUGGGGGGGUCAUGUGCAGUGUAUUUAUGUAAGACACCCAGACAGAGGGCACUGGUAUUUAUAUAACCUGGCGUGGGUAUUUAUAUAAUAUAGGAUGCAGUAUAUUUAUGUUCCUUUCCUAACCUGUGGCUUCCCCAGCUGCCAUGUGUGGUCUCUGAGUUGGCGUUGGUGGAAACCCUGCGGGGAGGUGGGGGCUGUUUGUGAGUACACACCCAGCCCCCCCUCAUUUCCCAUAGGGAUCACGAGUGUGAGCCUCUGCCCCCGUCUUCCCUGGUGGGGUGGGGGGUGCACUCAGGAAGCUGGACCACGUGUGGACCUGUGGUGCCAGGCUGGUGGGUUUUCCGCAGAUGUGCAUUACUGCCGUUGGCAACCAGGGCAGCUCAGCUGAGUCCAGGCCAGCCAUGUGGGCAGAGGCCCUAGAUGAAGAUUCCAGAGUCUGGCUGGCACCCAGUGGCAGCCACUUCCUUGUGUCUGUGGUGGUUCCCUGGGAGCUAGUACUCGGCUGAGGUGUCUCUCCUGGCUUGGACCUCUUGGCUCUUAGGCUGCUCAAGGAAUUCAAGCUAGUGAAUCUCUCCCAGCUUCCUUCCAGGCCUGGCGGCUAGGGGUAGGCUUGGCACAGGGAAGGGGCAGCCCCCGCCCCCCCCCCCCCCCAGCAAGCCGGCACAGCUACCAUUUCCCCUUCCGGUUUUCCUUCCCAAGCCUAGAGUGAAAUAAGUUCUGGGUAGGAGGCCACCAGGUGGGCUAACGUGACCCCUGUUUGAUCCUAGGCGAAAUGCUGCUUUUGAUUUGCUGCUGGGUGGCAGCAAGGUCACCCCAGGCUUGGGUCCCAUCUGCAGAAGGAGUCCCCUCCUGUUUGCUCACAUUAGCUCAUCUGUAAACAAGCAGAGGUCUGAGAUCAGUUUUUUUCCCAUUCCGUAGUUUACCCUUCCCUAUCUUCCGGCAGCCCAAACUGCCCUCCAGGCUUGGAGUCUUCUUUUUUGCUGGCCUGGAACUGUAACCAGACCUCUGCCAGGCUAGUACAGAGGGAUCCUGCCAUGGUGACCCGAUCCUUGUUAUCCAGGGCUUGGGGUAUCCAGCUAUCUCAGGAAGAAGGGAUGCUACUCAGCCUUGUGGCGACCAGUGACUUCAAGGAAGCUUGCCUGAGAAUCCACCCAAAGAGACAUUUGCAGAGAGGCCUAGAAAUGGUUCUCUAUCUACAUCCUGGGCAGACAGAGCCUGGGAGGCAUUGGAGGCAUUAUGAAGGACCUUCUCAUGUGGGGCCUACUGGAACAGGCCAGCCUAACCCUGUGUGAGCCUAGCAUCCCAGGGGCAUGGUAGAGGUGGGUACCCUGUGCCCACAGGAGUCUCAUAGUCCCUUUUUCUUCUUCCCACCCCUGGAGGUUGGAACUUGGUGGUGGCUACGGUAGUUUUCAGGAUGAUCUGCUGCUCCAUGGACCCUGCUCCUCCUACGUCUGUCAGAUUUCUGGGGUUUAGGACCUCCCUGGGGGUACUUCAGGUGCCUCUGGAGUGCAUGCAAAUAAAGCACGUUGGAGACUUUUGGCAUUUAGCCUGUUAGGGUUGGUGGAGAGUCGCUGCUGAGCCCCGGAAGCAGGACUUGGGUCUCCUGGCUCUUCCCUGUUCUCUCUUUGUCCUUGAUGUUCCUUUAGGGCUUUAGCCCAUGGUCACCAGCCUAGCCCUGUGGAGGCUCUCAUUGGAUGGUCCGCUUGGCUUUCUCUUCCUGGGCCUUGGCUCUGAUUCCACCUUUUCUGGACUGAGUGAAGCUUGUUCUAAAACUACCUCAGCCGUGCCCAGGGUGAAGCAUGGAGCUGCGUGUGGGAAAUAAGUACCGCCUGGGCCGGAAGAUCGGCAGUGGGUCCUUCGGAGACAUCUACUUGGGUGCCAACAUCGCCUCUGGUGAGGAAGUAGCCAUCAAGCUGGAAUGUGUGAAAACGAAACACCCACAGCUCCACAUCGAGAGCAAGUUCUACAAGAUGAUGCAGGGAGGAGUGGGGAUCCCGUCCAUCAAGUGGUGCGGGGCUGAGGGAGACUACAAUGUGAUGGUCAUGGAGCUGCUGGGGCCCAGCCUCGAGGACCUCUUCAACUUCUGUUCCCGAAAGUUCAGCCUCAAGACGGUGCUGCUGCUGGCCGACCAGAUGAUCAGCCGCAUCGAGUACAUCCACUCCAAGAACUUCAUCCACCGGGAUGUGAAGCCUGAUAACUUUCUCAUGGGCCUGGGGAAGAAAGGCAACCUGGUCUACAUCAUUGACUUCGGCCUGGCCAAGAAGUACCGCGAUGCCCGCACCCACCAGCAUAUCCCCUACCGGGAAAACAAGAACCUGACUGGUACUGCCCGCUAUGCCUCCAUCAACACCCACCUGGGCAUCGAGCAAAGCCGUCGAGAUGACCUGGAGAGCUUGGGCUAUGUGCUCAUGUACUUCAACCUGGGCUCCCUGCCCUGGCAGGGUCUCAAAGCAGCCACCAAGCGCCAGAAGUAUGAGCGCAUCAGUGAGAAGAAGAUGUCAACGCCCAUUGAGGUCCUCUGCAAAGGUUACCCCUCCGAGUUCUCAACAUACCUCAACUUCUGCCGCUCCCUGCGGUUCGACGACAAGCCUGAUUACUCUUACCUGCGCCAGCUCUUCCGCAAUCUCUUCCACCGGCAGGGGUUCUCCUACGACUACGUCUUCGACUGGAACAUGCUCAAAUUCGGUGCAGCCCGGAAUCCCGAGGACGUAGACCGGGAGCGGCGAGAACACGAACGGGAAGAGAGGAUGGGGCAGUUGCGGGGGUCCGCGACCAGAGCCCUGCCCCCUGGCCCACCUACGGGGGCCACCGCCAACCGGCUCCGAAGCGCGGCCGAGCCUGUGGCUUCCACCCCAGCCUCUCGCAUCCAACCAGCCGGCAAUACUUCUCCGAGAGCGAUCUCACGGGCCGACCGGGAGAGGAAGGUGAGCAUGAGACUCCACAGAGGUGCACCUGCCAAUGUCUCAUCCUCAGACCUCACUGGGCGGCAAGAGGUCUCCCGGAUUUCAGCCUCACAGGCUGCCAACACUCCUCUAAUGACACUGGGUCAUGCUCCAGCCACCUGUCCCUACCACCACCCACCACGUGCCGGGCAGCCGUUGGAGGUACCGGAAGAGCUCGCAUCGGGGAGUGGUUUGGCCAGUCACAGACAAGUCCCAGGAGAUUUCCUGCAGCCCCUUGGUGGCAACAGUGGACAGCUUCGUAUUGGGCUUUCCCAGAGUCCCCCUGAGCAUCCUGGUCCCCCUUCACCCCCGCCCCCUCCAUCACCUCUCUGCAGAGACCUUGAGGGGGCGAUGAGGUGGUGGCCAUGAUGUCGUGUGCAUGUGUGAGUGUAUGUGUGUGUAUGUGAGUGCGUGAGUGUGAGUGUGUGAGAGACACCUGAAUUUUCCAGAGCAGCAGGUGGCCUGCUGUGCCUGCCUGGCCAAGUUUCUGUUCUCAUCCCCCUAAAGUCAAGGUGGGGUGGACAGUGACCUCCACAUCCCUCAGGGCAUAGAGUCCUCCCCACCACCUGUUCCCAGAUGCCAGCGUGUGGCAACCCCAUCUUCCAUACCUGAUCUUAGGACAAGUUCACGGAGUCUGCUCCCAGAUGGCGUCGGCUCUGACUUACCAAUUAGUUCCCUGGUCCUGACAGUCACCUGUGGUCACCCCUCUUCCCAGGCCUGACUUCUGAGUAGGACCCUGGGUCAGGGCUAAGUGUUGAAUUUACCCUUCCUGGUUAACACCUGGUUUUUUUUUUUUUUUUUUUUUAUUUUAUUUUUGUUUGUUUUCUCGGUGUGUGUAUUUCCUAAUUUAUUUACCUCUUUUUCCCUUUCUUUUUUUUAAUUAAAGAGCAAAACUUUUUAUUACUUU